UACUGUCACUCUGAACUUUCUUCAUUCUGCACUCACUUCACUCAGAGACACCAAUGAGGAGCUUUUAAACAGUGACUGUAUGUGUUUGUUUCUUGAUGUGUGAUUCUGAAAGGAGCUAAAACUCACUCAGUGGGUUGAAGGGCUACGGUGGCUGAUUCUCAGCUGUGCUGCUCUGAUCAUUACAGACGUCCUAACAGUGAAAGUGGAGUUUGGACUAAAGGAGCCGUUACAGAGAAACAGCACAGCAGCCGUUGGAGGAAAUGGCUGCUAGAAACCCUCUUUCACAAGAAGAGCUUUCCUGUCCUGUGUGCUGUGACAUCUUCAGGGAUCCUGUUGUUCUGUCGUGCAGCCACAGUGUGUGUAAAACCUGCCUGCAGAAGUUCUGGAAAACUAAGGGAUCUCGAGAAUGUCCAGUUUGUAGAAGAAGAUCUUCUAAAGAAGACCCUCCUGUUAGCCUUACUCUGAAGAACCUCUGUGAGGCUCUUCUAGAGAGCAGGAGUCAGAGAUCUUCAGCAGGGUCUGAGGUGCUCUGCAUUCUGCACAAUGAGAAACUCAAACUCUUCUGUCUGGAUGAUCAGCAGUCUGUGUGUGUGGUGUGUCAGACUUCAAAGAACCACAAAAAUCACAAAUUUUGUCCAAUAGAAGAAGCUGUGACAGACUAUAAGAAUAAACUCAAGACUGCUUUGGAGCCUCUACAGAAGGAUCUGAAAGUCUUAGAAGAAACAAAACACAGCUUUGACAAAACAGCGGCUCACAUUAAGACGCAGGCCCAGCACACAGAGAGGCAGAUAAAGGAGGAGUUUGAGAAGCUUCACCAGUUUCUAAGAGAUGAAGAAGCAGCAAGGAUAGCUGCACUGAAGGAGGAAGAGGAGCAGAAGAGUCAGAUGAUGAGGAGGAAGAUUGAGGAGAUGAAUGGAGAAAUAUCAGCUCUUUCUGACACAAUCAGACACAUAGAGAAGGAAAUGGAAGCUGAGGACGUUCUGUUCUUACAGAACUCUGAGGUCACAUUGAGCCAAGCUCAGCUCACGCCAAAGGAUCCAGAGAAGAUAUCAGGAGUUCUGAUCAACGUUUCUAAACACCUUUCCAACCUGAAGUUCAGAGUGUGGGAGAACAUGCAGGAGAUUCUCCAGUACACCCCUGUUACUCUGGACCCCAACACUGCACAUCCAGACCUCCACCCAUCUGAUGAUCUCACUGCUGUAGAAUUUAGAAAGCACGGACCAUCACUUCCUGAUAAUCCAGAGAGAUUUGAUAAGUGUGCAUGUGUUCUGGGUUCUGAGGGUUUUGACUCAGGGACACACUGCUGGGAUGUUGAGGUUGGAGACAGUGACUACUGGGAACUAGGUGUGAUAACAGAGUCUGUACAAAGGAAAGGAAUCUCUUUCAGGGAUUCAGUUUGGAGUCUGGAGUACAGUAAAAGCAGUGGUACAUUCUUCGUACGUGGCCCAAGAGAGCCAGAUCACUGCGCCUCAUCUAAAGAGCAGCUGCAGAGGGUCAGAGUGGAGCUGGACUGGGACAGGGGGAAAGUGACAUUCACUGACCUUACAAACUGUACACAACUGCACACAAUUACAGACACAUUCACUGAUAGAGUUUUACCGUUUUUCUGUAACUGGGAUGACUGUCCUCUGAAGAUCUUACCAGUGAAGACGUCAAUAAUGGUGGAACAGCACAGUGCAGGUUAAAGUCACAGUAAAGUGCAUUUUCUUCCAUAAUAUGACAUUUUUCUGACUGAAACAGGAUGUUUGGGCAGGAAAUAGUGUAUAGGUGGGUCUUGAUUUCAUCCACUGGGAACAAAGUUGUUGCUUUUAAAUACAGAUGUGAAGGCUUCAGUCAUAACGUGGAAUUCUCCGAAAUUCUACUCUAUUCAAAAUGUUUGGUUUAAGGCAGCGUGCCUGUAUCCACAUUAUUAUGGGGAGAGGGAACAACCGACGUCUAUGUUUCAGUUUGCUAAGAUACUGUACUUGGUAUUGUCAUUAACUAGCCAGUUUGCUAAAUAAUAGGUGGAAUCAUGAUGUUAUAUUACUAGAAAAUGUCAAUAACCUAAGAAGAAAAUGUUGUUAUUGUAACACCUCUACUUCCCCAGCUAAUGCUUAACCUUAACUAAUGCGUUCAUCAUAGUGAAUUAAUGCAUAGAGUAAUAAUUAACUUGUCAGGAAAUAAUGAAGAAUAUACAUCAAUAAAGAACUGAGCCAUAGGA